AUGAUCAGCUUUGAACGUCGUAGCGACUGCCACAUCAUUCCGUUUAUAGACAACAAAAUGCUCACGUUUUUUAUGAUUUUAAGCGCUCUAGCGACAUGCUUAGGCCUCCCAAGACGAUGUGCACCGGAGGAAGAAGAACUAGGAAGAUGCAGAACAUCUGCAGAAGACAAACCGCAGUGUACAGAGAUGGUGCUUGGCUACUGUCAGGAUGUGCCGUACAGCUACACCUCAUUCCCUAACAUUGUGGGCCACCGGUCACGGCAGGACUUAGAGAUGGGUGCAGAGUACCUGCUCCUGAGUGUGAUCCAAGGCCUGCUGAAUGGCGAGUGUUCUCCGGAUAUCCGUCUCUUGGGUUGUUCGGUGCUUGCCCCCCGUUGUGAAGAUGGCAGGGUUAUAAAGCCGUGCCGCAGCUCGUGUGAGAUGGUGAAAAAGAGCUGCGUUCAUGCCUUUGAAGCAAUUCAAAUGGCAUGGCCGUACUUUCUGGACUGUGACCGAUUCUUUGUCGGUGAUGAGGAGGGUUGUUAUGACCCAUUGUCAGAUCUAAAAGCAAAGCAAGAAGUGGCUUUUUCCAACAUAUCUGAUGGUGGACUUUCCACUAUCCUCCAGUUCACUUACCACUCUAAUGCUCAGAUGUUCAGCAUCUUGAAGAAGACGGCAGCUAAAUGCUCCCAUAUUUCACGGGCAUACAGCAUCGGACGCAGUGUGGAAGGCAAAGACUUGCUGGUUUUUGAAUUCGCUACUAACCCUGGACAACAUGACCUAUUGAAGCCAGAGAUAAAGUUAAUUGGAAACAUGCAUGGGAAUGAGGUGCUGGGAAGACAGUUGCUGAUAUACCUGGCUCAGUACAUGUGCUCUGAGUACCUGCUGGGCAAUGAGAGGAUUCAGGCCAUCAUCAACACCACACGUGUCCAUAUCCUGCCCUCCAUGAACCCCGACGGCUAUGACAUCGCCGCCUCUGAGGUAGCCGAUAGGAACGACCCUGAAAACAUCUACCAGGAAGGUCAUGAGUACAAUGGAUGGACCAGCGGUCGGACCAAUGCACAGAAUAUUGAUCUGAACCGCAACUUUCCUGAUCUCACCUCCAUCUUCUACAAUCGCCGUCGCUUCAGACAUUUCCGUAGUGACCAUAUUCCCAUUCCUGACUCCUAUUGGAUAAAUAAGGUGGUUGCACCAGAGACCUAUGCUAUAAUGAAGUGGAUAAGAUCCAUUCCGUUUGUCAUAUCUGCCAGCUUGCACGGAGGUGAACUGGUCAUCUCAUACCCGUUCGACUUCUCUAGACACCCCCACGAAGACAAAAUGCACUCACCCACACCGGAGGAACAAAUUUUUAAACACUUGGCUAGAAUAUAUGCAGAUGCUCAUGCUACAAUGUCCAACAAUGACACAGAGAGAUGUGGAGCCUCAUUUGCCAAUAAUGGAGGGAUAACUAAUGGAGCGCAGUGGUACAGCUUUGCUGGAGGGAUGUCAGACUUUAAUUACCUGCACAGUAACUGUUAUGAGAUCACAGUGGAGUUGGGCUGUGAUAAAUUCCCGUCUGAGGAGGAACUUUACCCAGAGUGGCUCAGAAAUAAAGAGGCACUGCUCAGCUUCAUGGAAUCUGUCCACAGAGGUAUAAAAGGCAUUGUGAAAGAUGGACACGGCAAUGGCAUUAAAGGAGCCACGGUAUCUAUUAAAGGCAUAAGGCAUGACAUCACAACAGCUGAGGAUGGAGAUUACUGGAGACUCUUGAACCCAGGUAUCCACAUUGUGACUGCGGCAGCUUCCGGCUACACCAAAGUAACCAAGCGCAUUAACCUACCGAGGAGCAUGAAGGUGGGCCGGGUGGACUUUGUGUUGAAGAAGGUCCCACAAGACCCCUCUCUCGACUACUUCAACAUCCCUGAACUGGACAACUAUGCGCGUUUUGAUCCGUUUAAUCAGUUUGAGCAGUACACCCAGAGAGAACUAGGAGAGAAUGGUGAGGAAAGGACUGAGAAGCCGUGGUGGUGGGCUUAUUUCAGCCAGUUAGGCAUAUCUGCACCUACCUGGCUCCUUCGAAACUACUAGGGCCCAUAAGGGCACCACUGGAAAGCAAUCCAAUCCCUAAUUUUCUGUUUCCAAGCCUUACUUGAGGAUACUGUGUUUUAUUCAGUUUGUUUCUUUUAGGGCACAUUUUUAUAUCACUUGUUAAAGCACAUGGAUUGCAUGACUGAAGGCUGUCAAUAAAGUAUAGCAGUAUGUUUCAUUUUUAUAAAAACACUUUUUUGUUGUUUUUUA